UAGCCAUUUCCCUCAAGAGCUGCAAGAAUGCGGGCAGGCAGCCAUUAGGCUUUGAGGGUAACAAUGGCAAGGUACUCUUGGACAAUAUUUCUUCUCUCUGCCCUUUUCCUUCAGACAGAGCAGACAGUAUUUAUAUCAGCUGAUGAUGCAAACAAUGUUAUCAAGAGACAGCGGCGUGCCAACUCCCUACUUUUGGAGGAGAUACUCCAAGGCAGCUUGGAAAGGGAAUGCUUUGAAGAAAGGUGUACACAUGAAGAAGCAAGAGAAGUAUUUGAAAAUGAUGAAAUGCUUGAAAUGUUUUGGGCUGUCUACUAUGGUGGUAGGAAGUGCUCCUCGAGCCCCUGCCAGCACAAUGGUGUGUGCAAGGACAACAUUCGAGGCUACACCUGCACUUGUACUGAGGGCUAUGAGGGAGAGAACUGUGGUUUGGCUAAAAAUGAAUGUCACCACCAAGCAAAGGAAGGUUGUCACCACUUCUGCUACCCGGGAAGUGAUUCCUACCAUUGUUCCUGUGCUGAUGGUUAUGAGCUUGGGAAGGAUAAAAAACAGUGCAUUGCCUUAGAUCAAUGUGCAUGUGGCAGACUUCAAGACAGCAAUAACCUGUUACGUGAAAGCAGGAAGAAAUGCGACGAGCGAUUUCCUUGGCAGGUCCUGCUGAUAAACUCAGAAGGGAAGGGCUUCUGUGGAGGAGUGCUGCUAAAAAGUAACUUCGUAUUGACUACAGCAGAGUGUGCCCUUCUGCACAGCCAUUUUGAAAUCAGGGCUGGUGCUGGGCCUAAGGGAAAAAAUGGAACUGAGAAGAUAAUGCAAGUUAGUGAGAAACACAUACAUAUCCGGUAUGAUGAAGACACUGGUGAGAACAAUAUUGCAUUACUACAACUCCAAGAGCAUGUUGAGUGCAACAACCACCAGCUUCCUGUUUGCACCCCUGAAAGAGACUUUGCAGAACAUGUUUUAAUUCCAAAAUUUACCGGUACAGUCAGUGGCUGGAGAAUGGAAGGUGAGGAACUGCAAGGUGAUGAGCUGCAGGUUUCCUACCUUCCUGCCGAGGACUGCAAGCAAAUACUCAACAUAAGCCUCACAAACAGGCAGUUUUGUGGACACCUCCAGAAGGCCACAGAAAAACAACUGCUUGGAGGAAGCUUUUUAGCUACUGAGUACAAGGGCACUUGGUUUCUGACUGGCAUCCUGGGAUCAUGGCCACCGGAAGAUACUGACUGGGAAACACUUCUAUUCACUAACACUGCAAGGUAUACGAUAUGGUUCAAACAAAAAAUGAGGUAAGACACAAACACAACCAACCCCCCAGCACUAAACUACUGUCAGCCACACUACAAGGAAACAUUUGGAUGCAGCCAGGACACUCAUCUGACACUGUGACAAUUUGCAGCAAUGGAAGUUGCCACAAAGAUACAUAUACAU